UGCGGGCUGUUCUCUCAACUUCACAAAAAUCCGAGGACGUUUUCGUAAUUUUCUUAACAUCAGUUUCCUCUGUAAAGACCAGACUCCCAGUUCAGAACAGAGAUCACAGCCUCCCCUCCCAAUCCACCCAUGGCGCACAAUAGCACCUCGAUCGACCCCAAGAGCGGCUUCUGCAAGUUCAGCUCCACAUUCUACAGCAAGCGCAAGCCAAACUACCUACCGCCUGACGAAUUCCUCGACCUCACCACCUUCAUCUCCUCCCGGCCUCACUCCGGCAAGAUCGCCCUUAUCGAUGCCUCCACAGGCCGCCACGUCACCUUUACCGAUCUCUGGCGGGCCGUCGAUUCCGUGGCCACAAGCCUCUCCGAUCUCGGGAUCCGCAAGGGCCAUGUCAUCCUUCUCCUCUCCCCCAACUCCAUCUACUUCCCCAUCGUCUGCCUCUCCGUCAUGUCGCUCGGCGCCAUCAUCACCACCACCAAUCCCCUCAACACGCCGCAAGAAAUCGGCAAGCAGAUUGCCGAUUCCAAACCGAUCCUCGCCUUCACGACUCGGUCGCUCGUCUCGAAACUCGGCGACUCGGGCCUCCCCAUCGUGCUUCUGGAAGAAAACAUCAAGGCAGAAGAUGGCAACUCGAGCCGGAAAUCCAUAAUCGUUUCUUCCAUAGAGGAAAUGAUGCGGAAGGAGCCAAGUCGGGGCCGAGUCAGGGACCGAGUCAGGCAAGACGAUACAGCGACUCUGCUCUACUCAUCCGGCACGACCGGCAUGAGCAAGGGCGUCGUGUCGUCUCACAGAAACCUAAUCGGGACAGUGCAGACAAUUAUCGGGAGAUUUCGGUUGGAAGACGGGGAGCAGUCGUUCAUCUGCACCGUCCCCAUGUUCCACGUGUACGGCCUGGUGGCGUUCGCAACGGGCCUGCUGGCGGCCGGAUCGACGAUCGUGGUGCUCUCGAAAUUCGAGAUGGACGACAUGCUUUCGGCAAUCGACAGGUAUCACGUGACGUAUCUGCCGCUCGUGCCGCCGAUACUGGUGGCGCUGACGAACCAUGCCGAUGCGAUACGAUCCAAGUACGAUCUCCGGUCGUUGAAGACAGUGUUGUCGGGUGGGGCUCCCUUGAGUAAGGAGGUGACGGAUGGGUUCCUGACAAAGUAUCCGACGGUGAAGAUUCUUCAGGGGUAUGGGCUGACGGAGACGACGGGGAUUGGGGCGUCGACGAAUUCGGUGGACGAGAGCAAGAGGUACGGUACGGCGGGGUUGCUAACCGCUAACAUGGAGGCGAAGAUCGUCGAUCCGGAGAGCGGAGAGGUGUUGGGGGUGAAUCGGACGGGGGAGCUUUGGCUGCGGGGUCCCACCAUCAUGAAAGGUAAUGCAAAAAGGAUAACAUCACGGAUCACGGACGUGGUUUAGAAUCCCGAGGCAAAG